AUGGUGCAAGGUGAUCCUUCACGUAAGAAGAAGGACAAUGAUGAUUAUGGUUUCACGAAUUUGAUUUUUUCUUGGUCCAUUGAAAACGUCUUAGAUGAAGAUCUUUACAGGAACAAGGUAGAGAAGAUUGAACAAACGUUUCGGUCCAUUGAUCAUUACCUUGGAUCUUAUACAUACCCUUUGUUGGAAGAAACUCGAGCACAACUAUGCUCAAGUAUGGACAUAAUACACCAAGCUCCUUAUGCAGAGGUUAUUGGUCUAAAGGAAGCAAAACCAGCUCAAAAUAAAUUGUAUAAGUUGACAAUUAAUAGCUGGAAAAAUAGGUUUACUCAUUCUGGAGAACUAUACAAAACAUUGCCUGGUGAUGUUUUAAUGUUGUGUGAUUACAAACCAGAAGCUAUAAAAGACCUCCAAAGGAUCGGAAGGAUGUGGAGUUUUGUGUCAGUUGUAAAGACAACUGAAGACGGGGAUGAGGAAGAUUUCAUGUUAAAAGUUAAGGCAUCCAAAGAGUUUUAUCCUACAAAUUGGAGGAACAAACCUCUAUUUCUCAUUUUUCUGACAAAUGUAAUCCCUAAUAAAAGAAUUUGGGCUGCCCUUCACAUGCCUGGAAAUUUAAAGAUACUGAAGCAGAUCUUAUGCACCAAGGAGGUAAGAAUUUUAGUUUUUUGUAAUUGUAGCUCUCUGGCCAAUGCUCUAAGUGAUGACACUCCAUAUCAACUGUUAUUAUCAGAGCUUAAUAUAUCACAACAGGAGGCAAUUUCUUCAUGUCUUUCUGGCCUCGGUUGCAAUCACAAAACAGCCGUGAAACUUAUAUGGGGUCCCCCAGGCACAGGAAAAACAAGCACUUUGGCCACACUGCUUUUUGCUCUGAUGAAAAUGAAGUAUAGGGUACUUGUUUGUGCUUCUACCAAUGUAGCCAUCAAAGAAGUUGCUACACGUGUAGUAAAUAUAAUGAAAGAGGCACAUAGUAAGGAAUCUGAUGAUUUGUUCUGUUCCAUGGGUGAAGUGCUAUUGAUUGGAAACAAUGAGAGGCUGAAAAUUGGGAAAGAUGUUGCGGAUGUAUAUUUGGAUCAUCGUGUACAAGAGCUAACAAAAUGCUUGUUCCCUUCUACUACUGGAUUUAGAUCUUGCAUUAAAUCAAUGAUUGAUCUUCUUGAAUAUUGUGCUUCUGAUUAUCAUUUGUUUGUUGAGAUGUUAAAGAAUAAUAGAAGCCACAAAUCAUUUCUAGAUUUUCUGAGAGAAAAGUUCCAGUCAGCAAAAAGGCUACUAGAAUCUUGCAUUUAUAUCUUGUGUACGCAUGUAGGGAGAAGUUUGUUGAAACAUAACUUUCGGAAAUUGGUAUGCUUAAGUGAGGCACUUGAAUCACUUCAGGACUACUUGUUUCAAAGUAAUUUGAUUCCUAAAGAAUUGGAAAAGAUAUUCACUUACAAAAAUUUACCAGACAUGGCUUCUAUGUCAUUUGAUGGUGCAGCACACAAGCUGUACAUGAAGCGAAUUGAAUGUCUCAAUGCUUUAAAGACUGUGGUAGAUUCAAUUGAUGAGUUCAUACUGAUAAAAUCUUAUAAUUAUGAAUCAAUCAGACAGUUUUGUUUCCAAACAUCGUCGUUGAUAUUUUCCACAGCUUCUGGUUCCCAUAAGUUGCACUCUUUAACCAUGAAGCCAUUUGACAUUUUGGUGAUAGAUGAGGCUGCACAGCUUAAAGAAAGUGAAUCAAUAAUACCUCUUUUACUUCCAGGCAUAAAACAAGCCAUUCUUGUUGGCGAUGAGCUUCAACUGCCAUCAAUGGUUAGAAGUAAUGUUUCUAAGGAAGCUGGUUUUGGGAGGAGCUUAUUUGAAAGAUUGAGUUCAUUAGGUUACCCAAAGUCUCUCCUUAAGGUGCAGCAUAGGAUGCACCCACAAAUAAGUUCUUUCCCAAUUUCUUAUUUCUAUUCCAACCAAAUUCAGGAUGCACCAAAUGUGGAAAGAUAUGACUUUGGGAAGAAAUACCUCCCAGGGCCAAUGUUUGGUCCUUAUUCUUUUAUAAAUGUAGUUGGAGGUAAAGAACAAUUUGAUGAUGAAGGAAGGAGCUACAAAAAUUUAGCAGAGGUCGCAGUUGUCAUGAAAAUACUGAAAAAUCUGCACAAAGCAUGGUUGACCUCAAAGCAGGAAUUCAGCAUUGGUAUUGUGACUCCCUAUGCUGGCCAAGUUGCUGCAAUUCAGGAGAAACUUGGAAAGAUUUAUGAAAGUCAUGAUGGAUUUAAUGUUGUUGUGAUGUCGGUUGAUGGUUUUCAAGGAGGGGAGAAAGAUAUAAUUAUGUUAUCAACUGUAAGAACAAGCAGUAGAUCAUCUCUUGAGUUCAUUUCCUCUCCGCAGAGGACUAAUGUUGCUCUUACAAGGGCUAGGCACUGCUUGUGGAUUUUGGGGAAUGAAUGGGCGAUUACAAACAAUGAAAAUGUUUGGAAGGCUAUAGUGCUUGAUGCCAAGAACCGUAAGUGCUUCUUUAACGCCAACCAAGACGAGGAAAUGGCGAAAGCUAUAUUGGAUUCCAAGAAAGAGGCAGAUCAGUUUGAUGAUUUGCUUGAUACAAAUAGUGUCCUGUUCAGGAGCAAAUUAUGGAAGGUUUAUUUUAGUGACAAAUUCCUGAGGUCAUUCAAACGGCUAAAAUCUGAAGUGACCAAGAAUAGGGUUAUCAACCUUCUUGAAAGGCUUUCCGGUGGAUGGAGGCCGAAAUGGAGUAAUGUGGAUUUGUGUUGUGAAAAUUCAAGUCAUAUUUUGAAAAGGUUUAAGGUUGAAAAUAACUAUGUUAUUUGUUCAAUAGAAAUAGUCAAAGGUUCAAGGUAUAUUCAGGUUUUGAAGAUAUGGAACAUAUUGCCUUUAGAUGAUAUCCAACAGCUGGCGAAACGCCUUGACAAUGAGUUCAAAAGAUACACUAAUGAAUAUAUUAGGAUGUGCAAAAAGAAAGGAACAAAUAACCUUCGGGACAUGGAGUUUCCAUUGAAUUGGCCACUUUCAGCCAAUAUCCAAAAAUAUGAGAAUGAUUUUAAUAAUGCAAAUGAUGGAAACGCUAAUGGCAAUGAUACAAGUGAAGCUGACAAAAGAAGGGCUGAGUAUGAAGAGUGUACGUUGUUGAUGAAGUACUGUUCAAUCUCGAGAGGUUAUAGACUUCAUGGCCAAGAGAGUUUACAAGUGGAUCUUCCAUACGAGGUAACUGAUGAGCAGCGAAACAUCAUUCUCUUCUCAAAGAGUACAUUUGUACUAGGUCGUAGUGGUACAGGAAAAACCACUGUUUUGAUUACUAAGCUUAUUCAAAACGAAAUAUUGCACCGUAAGGGAGUUCAACAGUUCAACGGAUCUGAGACUGAGAGACCAGUCCUUAGACAGCUAUUUGUAACGUUGAGUGCUGGACUAUGCCGGAAGGUCCAACAUCAUGUUUCCCUUUCGAAAAGGUCCUUAGGUGAAGGAAGCCCUAUAGCUGAAAGUACUGCAGAACAAUUUGAGAAUAUCCCAGAUUCCUUUGAUGGUCUUUCCUAUGAUUUAUAUCCGCUUGUGAUAACAUUUCGUAAAUUUUUGCUGAUGCUAGAUGGUACAUUGGGAAAUUCUUAUUUUGAUAGAUUUCAUAAUAUGAACCUUGGUUCAAGGUUGGAUGCAUCGGAAACCCUAAUGAUGAAGGAAGUGAAUUAUGAAAGGUUUGAGUCAUUAUAUUGGCCGCACUUCAAAGUCCAGCUGCGUAAAAAACUGGAUUCUUAUCUAGUGUUUACUGAAAUAAUGUCACACAUAAAAGGUGGUACAAGAACGAUCGAGCAUGGUAUGUUAAGCAGGGAGGAAUACUGUGAUGUAUCUGAAAACCGAACUUCAGGUCUGAGCACAGAGACAAGAGUUAUGAUAUAUGAUAUAUUUCAAAACUAUGAAAAGAAGAAGAUGCAAUAUGGUGAUUUUGAUUUGGGUGAUAUAGUGAUUGAUCUUCACAGUAGACUGAGGGAUCAGAGAUACAAGGGUGAUCAAAUGAAUUUUGUGUACAUAGAUGAAGUGCAAGAUCUGACAAUGGCUCAGAUUGCUUUAUUUAGAUAUAUUUGCAGGAAUAUAGAAGAAGGUUUUGUUUUCUGUGGAGAUACAGCACAGACUGUGGGGAGGGGCAUUGAUUUCCGAUUCCAAGAUGUAAGAUCCAUUUUCUACAAGAAGUUUUUUUUAGAAUCCGAGAGCUGGAAUCAUGACAAAAGAAAGGGGAAAGGACGAAUUUCAGAUAUUUUUGUACUGAGUAAGAACUUUUGCACCAAUGCUGAGGUUCUGCAGUUGUCACAAAGUAUCAUUGAACUUCUUCAUCAUUUCUUUCCUCAUUCUAUAGACAUGUUGAAAGAAGAGACUGGUUUGAGAGUAGGGAAAAUCCCACUUGUGAUUCGAUCAAGAAAUGAUGCAAAUUCACUUCUGAAAGCUUUUGGACAAAGUAGAUGCAAGGGUGUAAUUUUGGUGAGAGAUAAUUUAGCACGAGAAGAAGUGCUUCGAGUUGCUGGAAAAGAAGCUCUUGUUUUAACCGUUUUGGAGUGCAAGGGUCUUGAAUUUGAGGAUGUGUUGCUGUAUAACUUCUUUACAUCUUCACCUCUGCAAAGGAGAUGGAGGGUGAUAUUUGACUAUAUGAAGGAACAUCAUGUAGGAACACAAACCUACUCUCGAGGAUAUUUUGAUCAAGAUUCAAAUCAAAGUGUUUUGUGCUCAGAACUGAAGCAACUAUAUGUUGGUGUUACUCGUACGAGGAGUAGACUUUGGAUUUAUGAGGAUGCAGAAGAGUUCUCUACACCUAUGUUUGACUUCUGGAAAAUGAAGAAUCUUGUCCAAUUCCAAUAGCUGACUGAGCUAAGUCACAUCGAAGAGGUCCAGUUUUUUAUGUUUUGAUUAUUGAGGAUAUGCAUGUAGCUUUCAUAGAUGAGGAAAGCUUCUUUUGUUGUAAAAUCCUUUAUCGUGCAAGAUUUACCAAAUUUCUACCAUGUAUGAAUCUAAG